UCCUUCUCAUUUCAGCAGUCAGGUGUACUUACUGCGUUUCCUACGUCUUGCAAACACUAGGUAUAUUGCAUUUAUGUGGAUGUUCUUUUUUGAUAAAACAUUGCUCGUCUGAAAUCACAGAACAGGGGUCCUCCAUUGGUAUUCAUACCAGAUUUAUCCAUUGAUUCUCGACCUAUCAUGUGGUAUGUCAUCAUAGUGCAAGGUCUUUUGAGGACAUAUCUGGAUUGAUUCCCAGUAGAUUAAGAUGGAACCGUCUGAAACUAUUACACACAAGAACGGAAGGCAGCGGAAGCCUCUGGUGUCCAAUUCCAUCAUCAUGGGUGAAAGGGAGCCCAAGCUGUCUGAUUUAGAAGUUUCUGGUGAUGAGGAAGCUCUUUUGCAGAGCUCGGACCGGAAAGAUGGACAAGCUGUUGUGCAUAAUGGAAUUCACGGAGAGCUGGGCAAUGUGGCCCUGCUACUGUUCUUGUAUGUACUUCAGGGCAUUCCCUUAGGCUUGGCUGGAAGCAUCCCUCUCAUCUUGCAGAGUAAGAGUGUCAGCUACAAGGACCAAGCUUAUUUUAGCUUAGUCUUUUGGCCUUUUAGCCUAAAGCUGCUCUGGGCUCCCCUGGUGGACUCUAUAUACCUGCAGAAAUUUGGUAGGAGGAAGUCAUGGCUGGUGCCCACUCAAUAUCUGCUGGGGCUUUUUAUGCUCUAUCUGUCAUUCAAGGUCAACACAAUGCUUCAGACAGAUGGACAGAAGGGACCUGAUGUGAUCACCCUGACUGCAGUCUUCUUCAUUCUGGCUUUCCUCGCAGCCACACAAGAUAUUGCUGUUGAUGGCUGGGCUUUGACCAUGCUCUCCAGGGAGAAUGUGGGUUAUGCCUCCACUUGUAACUCUGUGGGCCAGACAGCUGGAUAUUUCCUUGGCAAUGUGUUGUUUCUUGCUCUGGAGUCUGCUGAUUUCUGCAACAAUUAUCUGAGGUUUGAGCCUCAGGAACAGGGAAUUGUAACUCUUUCAGAUUUCUUGUUUUUCUGGGGGAUUGUUUUCUUGGUGUCGACCACUCUGGUUGCUGUCCUGAAAAAGGAGAACAGCAGACAGCACCGUACCAAGAAGAAGCCCAGAGAGGAGGCACAGGGUGUUAUGGAGACUUACAAGCGUUUGUUCUCCAUCAUUAAAAUGCCCACUGUCUUUACCUUCUGUAUCCUGCUGAUAACCGCAAAGAUUGGUUUCUCUGCUGCGGAUGCUGUGACAGGACUAAAGCUAGUGGAAGCUGGGGUUCCUAAAGAGCAGCUGGCUCUGCUGGCAGUUCCCAUGGUGCCCCUGCAGAUCCUACUGCCUUUAGUUAUUAGUAAAUACACAGCCGGUCCUCGUCCACUUGAUGUAUUCUACAAAGCCUUCCCAUUCAGGCUCCUUGUCGGUCUAGAAUAUGCCCUGCUGGUCUGGUGGACCCCAAGUGUUCGACAGGAAGGGGGCUUUCCUGUAUAUUACUAUGCUGUCGUGCUGCUCAGCUAUGCUUUACAUCAGGUGGCACUAUAUAGUAUGUAUGUUGCCUGUAUGGCCUUUCACGCUAAAGUCAGUGACCCUGUGAUAGGAGGGACCUACAUGACUCUUCUGAACACUGUGACUAAUCUAGGUGGGAACUGGCCUUCUACACUAGCUCUGUGGCUGGUAGACCCUCUCACUUUUAAAGAGUGCCAGGGAGCACCUGGGCAGACCUGUAGUUCCCUUGAAGAAACAGGGCUCUGUAUCAGCGAGGGUGGCGUGUGUGUGACUGCAAUGGACGGUUACUAUGUGGAGUCUGUAGUAUGUGUUGUGAUUGGUCUCUGCUGGUGGAUCUUCUUUGGGAAAAAGAUGAAGCGAUUACAAGAAGAGAGCCCCUCAGCAUGGCAUUGCAGGGUUCCCAAAUAACAUAAUCUCAGCUGGACAGAGGACGCUACUGUCUCUCUAGUUUUGAAGUUACCUCAUGAUUUGCCCCCUCUCACCCUCUCUUGUACACACAGUUACUCAGUUACUUGUUAUGUUUUUGUUGCACUUCAGGCCCGUGGAGAGACUUGAAUCUAUUUGAGGACUCAAAUGGUAAAAUAUACUGUACUGAUAAAUCAUUAGCAUCUCUCCUUCAUUAUCCUUUCAGAAUCAUUACUGUAAAGCCAAAUGGAAGGUCAAUACAGCUUGUGAUUCAUAGCAAUAGUUUUACUAUUGGUGCAAAAUAUUUAUUCACUCAUAACAUUAUAUUCUCUGCGCAGUUGCCUGCUUAAUCAAGCAUUUGACUUGUGAUUACUUGAGUAACCUGUGCCUUGUUCUUUGUUUUUUUUCUGUUUCUAAUAUGGUACAAAAUUUAAAAAAUGACUGCAAAUGUUUUGAUAUAAUACAGAUACUGUUUAUAAUGAAAUAAUUGCUACAACAUUCAGUAUACAAAACAAUUUCAGCUUUCUAUGCCUUUAUUCCAGAAAGAUUUAAAGGUGCACUCCUUUAAAUCUAGAUUCUUGAGAAUCACUGUUGAUAUUUGAACUCCGCUGCCAAAACAAACUUACCCCUCCCUUCAGUGCUCCUUCGGAUGCUCCGCCCCACAAAUCCAUGCACUCAAAUGUAUUGCUUUUACCUCUCGGAUGUCUCUCCGCUGCUGAAAAGCCUCGCCGAUGUUGACGCGGCUCCUUGCCCUCGACUUAUCAUAAUCCUUUUUUAGUUUAUAUUCGUCUGACCUUUUUCUCUUGGUCUGUUUCUCAGCCAUUUGUCCUCUUUGGAGUUUAGAAAGUUUGCAUUAUCCAGAUUUGCCGUUGCUCUUCUAAUGAAUUUCUCUGUCGCUCUGCCCCCACCCCAUCCUGUGCACGUGCAAGAACCAUCCCACUGUUACUGAUUGGCUGGAGUAAUGUGUGGAUCGGUCUGUUCCACUUUGUUUUUGUCCCAUUUGAGAGACUAAAUGAGACUAAUGCUAGAUUUUUUUUCAGCCCACCCACAAAACGGACAGCUAGCAGACUGUGAGGAGAUAUUUGCAGAAUUUUUAAUUUUUUUGAUGGCCAGUAGUUCCAAGGCUCUUUGAAUGUGUGUGACUGAACUAAUAUUCAUGCGACCAGUCGAGUCUUUUGUAAAAACACAUGUCAGAAAUGUUAAUGAUUAGCUUUUCUAUAAAUUAUUUUUUUAGACAUUCCAGCAAUGGAGCAGUAGAUCCAGAAAUUACAGUAAUGUCUGUUAUUGGAUGUUUAUGCAAUCAUCAGGACUAGGGAAAAUGUGCCUGUGUAAUGUAGAUUGCAGUAAACUCUUUCUUUUAAGCUCAACAUUUAACUUGUUUUUAAAUUUGCCUUGUGCUAAUUUAUUUCCUUUUUGUUUGUUAAUUAAAUGUUCAUUUUUAUGUCAUAGAGUGAGCAGUUUGGGGAGAGGGUACAGUCGCAGUGACUUUUGUAAAUACUUGUAACCCGUUCUAAGGAACGUUUUUAUCAACAUUACCAAAGUUUAAUGUUAAAAUAUGAAGAGCAUAUCUUAUUUGAGAAUAAAUGAAAGCAAGAUUUG